AGUAUGGGCUAUUAAUUAGUGCUGUAUUUUGGUUUAGUUCAAAAUCCCUAAUGGAUUGGCCAGUUCUAAUGUGCUGCCUUAGCCUCCCAGUUUUCCCUAUUGCUGCCUUCCUUGUUGAGAAACUGGUCCAGAUGAAGCGUAUAACUGAUCCAGUUGCAGUUACUUUACACAUAAUUAUAACGACAACUGCCAUAUUAUAUCCAGUUCUUGUUAUUCUAGGGUGUGAUUCUGCUUUUCCAUCAGGUGUCACCUUGAUGCUUUUUGCUUGCAUUGUAUGGUUAAAACUUGUUUCUUUUGCCCAUUCAAACUACGAUAUGAGAGCACUUGCAAAAUCACUUGAUACGGGGGAUACUUCAAGCAUUGCUUAUGCUUAUGAGGUUAGCUUUAAAAGCUUAGUAUACUUCAUGGUUGCUCCUACAUUAUGUUAUCAGCUGAGUUAUCCACGGUCUGCCUAUAUUCGAAAGGGUUGGGUGGUGCGCCAACCAAUCAAGUUGAUAAUAUUUACAGGAUUCAUGGGCUUUAUCAUAGAGCAGUACAUCAACC